AUGCCAGGCUUUCAGAUGUGAACGUCUAGAAAGGCCUCUUGUGAUGUGCUUCCUGACAGCCUGGGAUUGAUCUGUUCUCCCAAUCUCCAUGAUGGGACCCGUUCCCUGAUCCCGUGGACCACUCAGAAUGUCUGAGACCAUUGAUCAUACUGGUUGUGUCCUCUUUCAGCUCCCCUCGCAGGAUUUCAUUUUUCUUGAUGCAUCAUGGCUGUGAAUUUCCGUGAUACACCACCUCCCCUCUUUUAGAAGGACAUUGUGCUGCAUCAUGGGAAAUGUAAUCUGAUAAGGAAGCCUAGUCAAGAGAGGAGAAUGGGAGCAUGAAACAGCUGAACUACAUUUCCCUGGAUGCACCAAAGCCAGGAUAAAGCUUUUCCCCUUCUGGAAACCCAGCUUGGAUCAGAGACAGCGCCGUGUUUCUUGCCCACGAUCCCAAUGCACUAGAAGCGAGGCGCAGGCUCUCUGAACGAGUGAAGAUGGCUAGAAAGAGAAAGGUCUAGAGGAGACGAGUGGCAGGGUGAGGGAUGCUUCUAGACAGAUUUCACAGAAGGAGGAGGAAUAGAAAAGAAGAGGAGGAAAAAAAAAGGCAGAUGUUAGAAAAAUACAGUGAGUGACUGAUCUGCUAGGUGUAAUCAACCAUGAUUGAAAAAUGCAGUCUUUCAACGGGAGACCAAGAUGCUGCAGCUGUGUUUUGUGAGAGGAGGCCUGGGGUUCCUGGGCAUCAGGCGCCUCUCCCUGAUCCAUGCCGCCUUCCAGAGCACCCAGCGGGUGGAGUACAAGCCCAUCAAGAAAGUCAUGGUGGCCAACAGAGGGGAAAUUGCCAUCCGGGUUUUCCGAGCCUGCACCGAGCUGGGGAUCCGGACGGUGGCUGUCUAUUCCGAGCAGGACACAGGGCACAUGCACAGGCAGAAGGCGGACGAGGCUUAUCUCAUUGGGAAGGGACUGCCCCCCGUCCAGGCGUAUUUGCACAUUCCUGACAUCAUCAAAGUAGCCAAGGAGAAUGAAGUGGAUGCUAUUCACCCCGGCUAUGGCUUCCUGUCAGAGCGCUCAGACUUUGCCCAGGCUUGCAAUGAGGCUGGAGUACGCUUCAUCGGCCCCAGCCCAGAAGUGGUACGCCAGAUGGGUGACAAGGUGGAAGCCCGUGCCAUCGCCAUUGCUGCAGGGGUCCCUGUGGUGCCGGGCACCGACUCCCCAAUAUCAUCUCUCAGUGAGGCCCAUGAGUUCUCCAAUAAGUAUGGCUUCCCCAUCAUCUUCAAAGCUGCAUAUGGCGGAGGUGGACGAGGCAUGAGGGUCGUGCGCAGCUAUGAGGAGUUGGAGGAGAAUUACACCCGGGCGUUCUCAGAGGCGCUAGCUGCUUUUGGGAACGGAGCUCUCUUUGUGGAGAAGUUCGUCGAGAAGCCAAGACACAUUGAGGUCCAGAUCCUGGGGGACAAGUAUGGGAAUGUGGUGCACCUUUACGAGCGGGACUGCUCCAUCCAGAGGCGGCACCAAAAGGUCGUGGAGAUUGCCCCGGCGGCUCACCUAGACUCCCAGCUCCGUUCCAAACUCACCAAUGAUGCCGUCAAACUGGCCAAGCAGGUGGGCUAUGAAAAUGCCGGCACGGUGGAGUUCCUGGUAGAUAAGCAUGGCAAACACUACUUCAUUGAAGUGAAUUCCCGGCUUCAAGUGGAGCACACGGUGACAGAAGAGAUCACAGACGUGGACCUGGUGCAUGCCCAGAUCCAUAUCGCAGAGGGGAAGAGCCUGGAAGAGCUGGGCCUGAAACAGGACAAUGUACGCAUCAAUGGCUGUGCCAUCCAGUGCCGCGUCACCACUGAGGACCCCUCCCGUGGCUUCCAGCCCGAUACUGGCCGCAUCGAGGUUUUCCGAAGUGGAGAGGGCAUGGGUAUCCGUCUGGACAGCGCCUCCGCCUUCCAGGGGGCUAUCAUCUCCCCUCACUAUGAUUCCUUGCUGGUCAAGGUGAUCGCCCAUGGGAAGGACCAUCCCACGGCUGCCUCCAAGAUGAGCCGAGCCCUGGCUGAGUUCCGCAUCCGAGGUGUCAAGACCAACAUCCCCUUCCUGCAGAACGUGCUGAGCAAUGACCAGUUCCUGCGGGGCACGGUGGACACCCAGUUCAUUGACGAGAACCCCGACCUCUUCAACCUACGCCCCGGCCAGAACAGGGCCCAGAAGCUGCUGCAUUAUCUUGGCCACGUGAUGGUCAACGGCCCCACCACGCCCAUCCCCGUCAAGGCCCGGCCAUCCCCCAUUGACCCGGUCGUGCCCUCUGUGCCUCUGGGAGACGCCCCCAUAGGCUUCCGAGAUAUCCUGCUCCGGGAAGGACCCCAGGGCUUUGCCAAGGCUGUGCGGCAGCACCCAGGGCUGCUGCUCAUGGACACGACCUUCCGGGAUGCCCACCAGUCCCUGCUGGCCACCCGCGUCCGUACACAUGACCUCAAGAAGAUCUCACCCUUUGUGGCCCACAACUUCAACAACCUCUUCAGCAUUGAGAACUGGGGAGGUGCCACGUUUGACGUUGCCAUGCGCUUCCUGUACGAGUGCCCGUGGCAGCGGCUGCAGGAGCUCCGUGAGCUUAUCCCCAACAUCCCCUUCCAGAUGCUGCUGCGGGGGGCCAACGCCGUGGGGUACACCAACUACCCCGACAACUCCGUCUUCAAGUUCUGUGAAGUGGCAAAGGAGAACGGCAUGGACAUCUUCCGCGUCUUUGACUCCCUCAAUUACCUGCCCAACAUGCUGCUGGGAAUGGAGGCGGCGGGACAAGCCGGGGGGGUGGUGGAGGCAGCAAUCUCUUACACGGGAGACGUGGCCGACCCCACCCGCACCAAAUACUCCCUGGACUACUAUGUCCAGCUGGCUGAGGAGCUGGUGAAAGCUGGGACGCACAUCCUCUGCAUCAAGGACAUGGCUGGGCGGCUGAAGCCACGUGGCUGGGAGCUGCUGGUGGGGACGUUGCGCCAGCACUUCCCUGAGAUGCCCAUCCACAUCCACACCCACGACACCUCGGGGGCAGGCGUAGCCUCCAUGCUGGCCUGCGCUGCAUCCGGCGCCGACAUCGUAGACGUGGCUGUGGACUCCAUGUCCGGCAUGACCUCCCAGCCCAGCAUGGGCGCCUUGGUGGCCUGCACCCGGGGCACCAACCAGGACACAGGCAUCCAGAUGGAGAAGGUGUUUGACUACAGCGAGUACUGGGAGAUGGCGCGGGGCCUUUACGCCGCCUUCGACUGCACGGCCACCAUGAAGUCGGGCAACGCCGACGUGUAUGAGAACGAGAUCCCCGGGGGGCAGUACACCAACCUGCACUUCCAGGCCCACAGCAUGGGGCUGGGCAACAAGUUCAAGGAGGUCAAGAAGGCCUAUGUAGAAGCCAACAAGCUUCUGGGGGAUCUCAUCAAGGUGACACCGUCAUCGAAGAUCGUGGGGGACCUGGCACAGUUCAUGGUGCAGAACAACCUGUCGCGGCAGGAGGUGGAGGCCAUGGCAGACGAGCUCUCCUUCCCGCGCUCCCUGGUGGAGUUCCUGCAGGGCUACAUCGGGAUCCCCUACGGUGGCUUCCCUGAGCCCUUCCGCUCCAAGGUGCUGAAGGACCUGCCCCGCAUUGAGGGGCGCCCAGGGGCCUCGCUGCCCCCCCUGGACUUCCAGCAGCUGGAGAAGGACCUGCGCACACGGCACCAGGAGGACGAGAUCACCCCUGAGGACGUGCUCUCGGCCGCCAUGUACCCCAAAGUGUUCGACGAGUUCAAGGAGUUCACGGCCACCUUUGGCCCCGUCGAGUGCCUCAACACCCGCCUCUUCCUGGAGGGGCCCAAGAUCGCCGAGGAGUUUGAGGUGGAGCUGGAACGUGGAAAGACUCUGCACAUCAAAGCCCUCGCGCUGGGAGACCUGAACCGGGCUGGCCAACGCGAGGUCUUCUUCGAACUCAACGGCCAGCUGCGCUCCAUCCUGGUCAAAGACACCCAAGCCAUGAAGGAGAUGCAUUUCCACCCCAAGGCGCUGAAGGACGUCAAGGGCCAGAUCGGGGCCCCCAUGCCUGGCAAGAUCAUCGACAUCAAGGUGAAGGAGGGGGCAACGGUUGAAAAGGGGCAGCCCCUCUGCGUGCUCAGUGCCAUGAAGAUGGAGACCGUGGUCAAUUCCCCUGUGGCCGGCACCAUCAAAAAGAUCCACGUCAAACCCGACAUGCACCUAGAGGGAGACGACCUCAUCCUGGAAAUUGAAUAGGCCCCACCCCCUGCUGCAUUCUGCUUCCCCUCCGCCACCCCGGACAGAGAACUGCCCCACAAUGUGUCGGAUGCAGACGGCACACUGUCACUUUAAGGGCAUGCACAGCCCACUUUUAACCCUUUGUUUAGAGGAGAUGUUCCAGCUUCUUUCUCUUCUCCCACCCCACCAUCUCAGCUAUCGGAGUCCUGCUUAGCCUCAGAGUCACCCAGCUUUUGGGGGAGGUGCAGUUCCUUCCACCACUACAUGCAUCAAGUGGUGUAAUUCCUUCUGCCACCACCAGGGACUGUCUAUGCACAUGUCAUGGAUUAACAGGGCUGUGUUACGGCCCAGCCUUUACGCAGUCUUUUGGCAGUGACCCCAUUGGUGUGCCAGAGCCACGCUUCCCCCCAGGCAGCCAGAUGGCCUCAGCAACUCCAUGGCCUCAGUCCCCCUGCUUCCCCUGUGAGCACCUUCCGCCUGGCCAGCUGCAGUCAGACCCCUGGAGAGACUCUUCUCUUCUCCGGGAGCGACGUGCCCAGGGAGAAUCGCUGGUGAGGCCCAGGCAGCAGGCUUGGCAGACCCUUUCCCUGAGCUCCUUAGACCACAGAUAUGAUCAGCACUUUCCCCCCAGUGGGCAGUGAUGCAAAGUGGCCAGUCCAGAGUCACAGAGACAGUUCAUCACUACAGAGAAGUCCCACCUGUGCCAUAGCAUCAUACAGCCUACAGGUGCAGUCCCUCUUCCUCUGCCAGGGGGAAGCUGAUCUCAGAGGCUAAGCUUUGCUGCCCCCUGCCAUCCCACUUACUCUGCUACCAAUUGCAUUAUACCCAUCAAGUGCCAGGGGGCACUAUUCAGCCAGGUCCUCCCCUGCACCAUGUAGGGUGUUCAGUGGGGCUGACAGAAUUGCCAGGCCCCUGGAAAGGGAGGGGCAGCUCUGUGUGCCUGAAGGGGGCAGAGCUGGGGCAGCCAGCCCUCUGUGUCACACGGCCACUCCCCUUCCCCCUCCUCCUCUCAGCCAGUCCUCAGUACUGCCUGGAGGGAAGUAGUGGGCCCUUUUGAAUAUCUGGGUCCCAGGGUAGUUGCCCCCUUUGAUCUCCCUCCUUCAUCAGUGGACCAGGGGGUGCUGUCCCCCUUGACCCUCCAGUCCAGGUAUCCCUCAACUCUGGGGGCACUGUCCCUACACACCUUGCCACUACAUUCUGUGCCCCCAAAAAGCUGCUGCUUCCCCCAGGCUUAACCAUGACUCCUUUCUCCCUGGUUGGGGGAGAGGGGUUCUCUCCCCUGCCAUGCUGCUUCUGGGGGCCCCUCUUUCUGCUUCAGCCCUGGGUUAGUCUAGCAGCCCAUAAUCAAGUUUUGUGUCUAUUGUCUUAAUUGUCAACUCCUGCCCCUAAAUAUGGAUGCCCCUCCCCCCUCAGAGCAGAUAGGUGCUAAGGGGCAUUUCUAGCCAUGAAUUGCCCCCACCCCUGCUUCCCAGUGACCCCACCCCAGUGUUGGUCUGGGUGGGGCUUCCAUAGGGUGAGAGGGGGCACCCAGUGGGUAGUGACCAAAGCAAUCAUGCUGGGUUUGGGGGGUGGAGGAUGGCGGUUCAGAUGUUUACAGGGUUGUUUGCCCAGAGCUGGGGAGAGGGAGAGAUCCCCUCCUCACUGCCCAAGGGCACGGGAACAAACCUCACAGCUGUGAGGCCAGUCUGUGGUGCAGGAGUCCUGAGGGCCCUGUCAAGCUGGAAGGAUCAAGGCCGUUUUUGGAAAGGACUCAGUGACUUGGCCCCUGAGGAGCUGGCCUGACUGGGCAAUAAAACUCAUCUCACUAACCAUUC